AUGGGUCCUGUGGCUCCUCCAGUCUUCCUCUUUGUUGUUGAUACAUGUAUGAUUGAGGAGGAGAUUGGCUAUUUGAAGUCUGCUUUAGCACAAGCAAUUGAACUAUUGCCAGAUCAAUCCCUUGUUGGAUUUAUUACUUUCGGGACAUAUGUUCAGGUGCCUGAAUUGGGUUUUGGCUUGUUGCCAAAGUCAUAUGUGUUCAAAGGGACAAAAGAAGUUACAAAGGAGCAAAUUCUGGACCAAAUGAGUUUCUUUGCUGGGAAAACUAAACCCACAACAGGUGUGAUCGCAGGCGCAAGGAAUGGCCUCUCAGCAGAGAGUAUUGCUAGGUUCCUGUUGCCUGCUUCUGAGUGCGAGUUUGUGUUGAAUUCAGUAAUUGAAGAACUGCAAAAGGACCCUUGGCCUGUUCCAGCUGAUAAAGGUUCAUCAAGGUGUACUGGAGUUGCAUUAAGUGUUGCUGCUAGUCUCUUGGGGGUUUGUGUUCCUGGAUCAGGUGCUAGAAUUAUGGCAUUUGUAGGUGGUCCAUCUACAGAGGGACCUGGCUCUGAAAGCUAUAAUCUUAACCAUGAAAAAGGUGUCUUCCAAAUCCUUGUGACCUUGCCACACAGGCCUGCUGCUACUGCUAUGAUCGUAUCCAAGUCCCUAUCAGAACCAAUUCGCUCGCACAAAGACCUCGAUAAAGGUUCAGCUCCACUUUAUAACAAAGCUGUUAAAUUCUACGAGGAUAUCUCUAAGCAGCUUGUGAAUCAAGGCCAUGUACUUGAUUUAUUUACUUGUGCGCUUGACCAGGUUGGUGUUGCUGUGGAGAGAACUGGUGGAAUAGUUGUGCUUGCAGAAAGUUCUGGUCAUUCUGUUUUUAAAGACUCACUUCGAUGCUUCUUUCAGUCAAGUGACAAUGAUCUUGAUUUAUCAUUCAAUUUAUCCCCUCGUCUGUCCAUAUUUCCCCGGUUCAUGUUUAAUUUGAGACGAUCUCAGUUUGUUCAGGUUUUUAACAACAGUCCCGAUGAAACUGCAUAUUUCACAAUGAUGUUAAACAUAGAGAAUGUAUCAAAUGCAGUUGUGAUGAUCCAGCCAUCACUCAUAUCUUAUUCAUUCCAAUUGGGUGCAGAGCCAGUUCUGUUGGAUGUAACUGCAAUUGCAGCUGAUAGGAUCCUUUUGUUGGAUUCUUAUUUUACUGUUGUCAUAUUCCAUGGGAUAACAAUUGCACAGUGGCGAAAGGCUGGUUACCAAUAUCAAGAAGGCCAUGAGUCAUUUGCCCAGUUGUUGCAGGCUCCACAGGAGGAAGCUGAUGCAAUAAUCAAGGAACGCUUUCCUGUGCCGCGAUUGGUCGUGUGUGAUCAAUAUGGUUCUCAGGCUCGAUUUUUGCUGGCAAAGCUUAAUCCAUCGGUCUCGUAUGACAAUCCUCCAGCACCAGGAGGGGAUGUCAUAUUCACAGAUGAUGUGAGCUUCCAGGUCUUCAUGGAUAAUCUCCAGCGCUUGGCCGUUCAUUAG